CCGUUCAAGGAUGCGGAGGAAUGGGAACUGGCAAAAUGGCUUCUGACGUCUGGUUUGAGCCAGAAGAAAAUUGAUAAGUUCCUGAAGCUCGAGACUAAUUGUCGUCAUCAACACUUGUCUUUCCAGAACAAAGCAGGGUUUUUCAAGCUAAUUGACAAGCUUCCCCAGAGACCGCAAUGGAGGUGUGAGAUCUUCACUGCGGAUGGAGAUGUGGUCGAUGAGAGAACGGGAGAGAGGAAGGUGCAAAACUUUGAAUUGUGGAAGCGAGAUCCUGUGGAGUGUAUCAAGGAGCUGAUUGGGAACCCCACAUUCAAGAAGCACAUGCGAUACACACCG